CGACUGCAGCAUAUCAAGAACUUGUGACUAUUAUUUCAAAUAACCAAUUUAACCGUCUUGAUAUGCCACAAAAUAUACAUACGCUAAGACAAUAUCGGCUAAGACUACCUAGUCUUCCAAUCCGUCAGCAUGAAGUUCUAAAAAAUCCUGCACUGUUUUCAAAAAUGUAUUUUGGUCCUAGAGUUGAGAGUAAGAAUAGAACUGAAUUUUGGCAUGGGACAAUUUGGUCAGAAUCACCCUUAUUUAGUGAUGAUACCCUAAAUAUUACAACUCCAG